AUGUGUGAAGCUGAACACUUCGAUGUCAUCAUCCUUGGAGCCGGUGCUGCAGGAAUUGCAACAGGAAUUGAUUUGUUGCGAUCGUCAUCGUCAACACCCUCAUUUAUCAUUAUUGAAUCGCGUGAUCGGGUUGGAGGUCGAUGUUAUACAGACCAGAAAACGUUGAAUGUUCCCGUCGAUCUUGGGGCGACCUGGAUUCAUCACUAUUCUCCAUCAAAUCUAUUGUACAAAUACCAUCGUAAACUGCACACCGUACAGGAAGAAAGAAAGGAAGGUAACCCUCCUCGACGUCCCUCUCUCAUAUUAGUGUUGGAUUUUGACGGUAAACCUUUAUCGGGGAGUGUUUAUCGUCAAGCACAUACAAUUGCUGGAUCGUUAAUUGAAAUACUACACAAGUACGCCUUAAAACAACGACAAAAAGAAGUUCCAGAAGAUAAAUCGAUCGAAGAUGUCAUACAAGAAGUCUAUCAAUCAUUUUCAUUAGAUGGACAAUUGAAACGUGCCGUCGACAUUAUCUUAUCGGGUCUUGAACAGUAUGAAGGAUCGAAUUUCUCCCGUUUGUCUGCAAUCAAUUAUGAUCUUGGCGAUGGCGCGGGGAACAACUGUGAGAUGGAAUUUGAAAAUGGUUAUGGAACAUUUCUUACACAAAUUGCUACUGUUUUACAUCAAUUACCAAUACGAUUGAAUCAAACAGUUACUUGUAUUGACACAACAGACUCACAUAAAAUUCAAAUUCUAAUGUCGGAUGAUAAAGUGUACACCUGUAAAUACGUUUUAGUAACAGUACCGCUGGGCUGUUUGAAACAUCAAACAAUUAAAUUUGUACCAGAACUGCCCGAAUGGAAAACAUUGGCGAUCAGUCAAAUGGGGUUCGGUUUAAUGAACAAAAUUGUAUUACAAUUUCCGAAAAAAUUUUGGGGACAAAACGUUACAGCAAUACAUCAUGCUAGCAAUGUUCAUCGAGGACAGUUUCGUUUUAUUAUAACUGAACCACAUGCAAAUAUUCUAAUUAUAUUUCUUACCGGCGAUUUUGCCUACAAAAUGGAAACACUAACGGACGAAUAA